GGAGAAGGACGCGUGGGAGAUCCCCCGAUCCUCACUCAAACUGGACAGGAGACUCGGAGCCGGACAGUUCGGAGAAGUCUGGAUGGCCACGUACAACAAACACACCAAGGUGGCAGUGAAGACGAUGAAGCCGGGCAGCAUGUCAGUGGAAGCCUUCAUGGGUGAAGCUAACCUGAUGAAGUCUCUGCAGCACGACAAGCUGGUGCGCCUGCACGCCGUGGUUUCCAAGGAGGAGCCUAUCUACAUCAUCACCGAGUUCAUGGAGAAAGGGAGUUUAUUAGACUUCCUAAAGAGUGAUGAAGGAAACCGAGUGCAGCUGCCUAAGCUCAUUGAUUUCUCUGCUCAGACUGCAGAGGGGAUGGCUUACAUCGAGCAGAGGAACUACAUCCACAGAGAUCUGCGAGCCGCUAACAUCCUCGUCAACAAGUCUCUGGUCUGCAAGAUCGCUGACUUCGGUCUGGCUCGAAUCAUAGAAGACAACGAGUACACGGCCAGAGAGGGAGCAAAGUUUCCUAUCAAAUGGACAGCUCCAGAGGCCAUCAACUACGGCUCCUUCACCAUCAAGUCUGACGUCUGGUCCUUCGGCAUCCUGCUUACUGAGAUCAUCAGCUACGGACGCACACCUUACCCGGGGAUGACGAACCCAGAAGUGAUUCGCUCUCUGGAGAAAGGGUAUAGGAUGCAGCGUCUCGACAGCUGUCCCACUGAACUCUAUGAAAUCAUGUUGGAGUGUUGGAAGAAUAAACCUGAGGACCGACCCACCUUCGAUUACCUGCAGAGCGUUCUGGAGGAUUUCUACACCGCCACAGAGAGCCAGUACCAGCAGCAGCCAUGAUGCUGAAAACACACGCCGUUAUAUUCCUCACAGAAGAAACGGGACUCAGGGGAUUGUGGGUCACCUGAGAGCCUCGCAGAGCAGCUGGAUUUCCUCGUCCUCUUUAUCAUCAUUUUAUAUUCUAACUCCUGUAUUUAUAUGAAUCCACUUCCUCUCCUGCAUCGUGCCUUCUGCUCUCAGCCUCUUAUUGACGUCCCUUUGUAUCAAUGAUGUUUGACCUGCUGUAGUGUGUGGUGUGUAGUGUGUACCUGAUGAUGCCUGUUCACACUUCCUGUCUGUAUUUGGGAGAUAAAUGAAAACUGUCAUGAGUUCACAUUUUUCUUCUUCUGUGUGAAAAUAUAAUUUAUUACUGAAAUAAUUCGGCUGAGUCGUCAAAGUUUCUUCUUCUAUGGUGAUGAUCUUUCUGAGAGUAAAAAGCUUUUAUCACUGUUUAUACAA